GAAAUCUUUUGUUGAGAAUAUUUAUUACUUUCUUUACAAUCAGAGAUAUUUAGUGGGAUAAAAGUUUGUUAAAACGAUGAUCGGAUCACUACAGAGUUUAAAUUGAAUAAGAGUUGUCAAUCGGAAGAGAUAGUUGGUCUGGGGUUUUAAGUAAUCUUCAAUUUCCUCUUCUUUUCUGUAGAAACUAUUUUGCUGUUUUGGAAGUGGAGGGGCUGAGCUAGGCAAAAGGAGUGGGCAGUCUGCUGUCACUCAGGCUCAGGGUUGUCUGUCAGUCAAAAUAGUUAAUGCUCACAUGAAAUUGCAUAUCAAGCACUAGACAGCAUGAUCAGUCUGUCCUGGACAAAAUACAUUAAGUUCAGGAUGAAAAAUUGAAUUAGUUUUAAACACACUAUUUACUAGGAGUGAUAUUGUUUGCAAGAAAACAAGAACCAACUAUGCAUUUAACUAGUGAGAAACCUGGAAAACCACUCAAUGGGUUUUUAGAAACAUUGAUUCAUUUACUUAAAGGCAACAUUGGAGCUGGGCUUUUUGCCAUGGGUGAUGCUUUUAAGCAUGCCGGCCUUCUACUUGCACCAAUCCUUACUGUGAUAUUAGGAGCAAUAUGCAUUUACAGCAACCACCUUUUGUUGAAUUCUGCACAUUAUAUUAGAGAGAAGAAGAAACUUAUUGUCGACCCGUCGUUCGCUGAGACCGUUGAGCUCUGCUUCGAGUGCGGUCCAAAAUCAUUUAAAAGAUGGACACAUGCAGUCAGGAUAUCUGUCAAAGUGUUCAUAGUUAUCACACAGCUUGGUUUUUGUUGUGUUUAUUUUGUAUUUGUAUCUUCAACUGCAAAAAAAGUUUUAAUUACACAUGGAAUUGAUUAUGAUGUUCGGUUCUACAUGGCAAUAAUGUUUGUACCCGUUCUCCUUUCAUGUCUGAUACGCACAUUAAAGUUCCUCACCCCCAUAUCGCUUUUAUCGAAUGUUUUCCUGUUAAGCGGGAUUGUGCUGACAUUGUAUUUGUCAUCCACCGAUCUCCCAUCAAUAUCUUCAAGACAGGCUGUAGCCGACUGGUACUCCUUGCCUUUGUUCUUUGGCACAACCAUUUAUGCUUUUGAAGGAAUAAGUCUAGUCAUUCCCCUUCAAAACGAAAUGAGGAACCAAAAGAAGUUCAGUUCACCUUUUGGAGUACUAAAUAUUGGAAUGUUCAUUGUAAUGCUGAUUCUUAUUUCAAUGGGAUUCAUUGGAUACUUAAAAUAUGGUGAAGAAGUUAGAGGAAGCGUGUCACUUAAUCUUCCAAUCGAUUCGCCUUUGACAGAAGGUGUCCAGAUAGCCGUCGCACUCGGUAUAGUGUUUUCGUAUGCUUUACAGUUCUACAUCGCCGCUGAUCUCCUUUGGUGUGAGAUUGAUGACUCUUGGGGACCGUUCAAGAAGCCGAUAUGCGGUGAAAUCAUCCUGAGGUCUCUUCUUGUUUUGCUAACAUUUGUCCUUGCCGCUGUAGUACCUCAGCUUGGUCUUUUCAUAUCGUUGGUAGGUGCUGUCAGCAGUACCGCUCUUGCAUUGGUCUACCCAGCUUUGUGUGAUAUUGCCAUAAGAACGUGCCCACCCGAAGAGGGCCCGUUAAAGACAAGUGAUAAUAUUCUGAGAUUGUUGCUGGAUGUCAUAACAUUGAUUGUUGCUUUUAUUGGGUUCAUACUUGGGACAUACUACAGCUUGACAGCGAUCAUCGAUGCUUUCACAAUACCGACCACACACUAGCUAAUUGCUAGACGCCACUUCGGAAUUUAAUUUUGUAUUAUAAGAUCUGUCAUUCCAACUCAACUGAAAUAAACAAAUAUUUUUUUAAUUGACAAAAUUGUAUAAGUAGAAUAUCGAAAUUUGAUUUUUAUUCGAAGUGUAAUGGACUCGAAUUUGUAAAAAAAAAUCUUUAAUUACAAUUAGGAUUAUUUUCAAAUAUGUCGGAUGAAUGUAAACAUUAUUUUAUAAUAAAACAAAUAUUAUUUAAAAUUUUUUUACAAAAGUAUGUAAAAAAGUAUCGCAGUAUUUGAAUUUGUGAAAAGAGAUAAUUUAGAACAUAAGUCAAAAGUAUUCUCAACGCAUUGCAGUUGUAGAAAAAUUAUUAAUAUUCCUUUGAUUGAAAAAGCAAAGUCUUAACUAAUUUUGACAGGUAAUUAGUCUAUAAUUGUAUGGUUUUUUGGUAAGUCUAUUUAAAAAAAAAAAUACAAAGAAUUCUUUUAAA